AUGGCCCGCACAAGAGAUCGCUCGCCUUCGGCUGCUGCAGACACCGCCGAUGCUGCCGCACAUCUCGUCAAGCGCCUCAAGACAUCGCAUGUAGCCCCUCAGACAAACGGCUUCCACCCUCCAUCGACGACGACAAAGCAGUCCGAAGCUGCUCGCAAUGAUCCCACAUCCAGAUUCGCAAACAACCUGUUUGAUCACAACCAUAUCGCCCGACUGCACGACGCCUACGAUGCCUCUGAGCCCUUCAAAUACGCGGUCGUCGACAAAUUGUUCCAGGACGACCUGUUGAAGAAGGUCAAAGACGAGUGUCUCGGACAACUGAGCUUUACGGAGAAAGAGACUGAUAUCUACAAGGUCAAUCAAACCGGUGACCUUGCUUCACUAAACUUCCUGGCUCCCGAGCAGCUCGCUCGAUUGCCAAAUCUCCUCGCCCUGCGCGACGCCCUCUACUCCCCCAAGUUCCGACAGUUUCUUCGCUCGGUGACCGGAUGCGGUCCCCUGUCGGGCAAAAAGCAGGACAUGUCCGUCAACAGCUACACCCGUGGCUGCCAUCUCCUCAACCACGACGACGUUAUCGGCACUCGCCGUGUCUCCUACAUCCUUUACCUCCCCCUACCACAUUACCAGCUCUGGCAAAAAGACUGGGGAGGAGCCCUUGAACUUUACCCCGUCAAGCCCGGUCCCGAUGGCCAGCUUGAGCCCGAGUGCAUACCCUCAAAAAGCAUCCCGCCCAGUUGGAAUCAGUUCAUCUUCUUCGAAGUUCAGCCAGGCCAGAGCUUCCAUUCCGUGGAGGAGGUGGUCGUUGGAGGCGAUGGUCGUGAGCGUCUGAGCAUUAGUGGCUGGUUCCAUGCCGCUCAGGAGGGUGAAGAGGGCUACGUCCCAGAGGCACCUUCCGAAAUGAAAAGCUCUCGAGAGCAACUUCUCAAGGCAUCACAUUCGACGGUGUUUACAAGCUACCCCAGCACCAGCCUGGACGCCGUGUCGGAAACGCUCACAGAAGAGCACACUUCCUUCCUCUCCGAAUUCCUCAACCCCGUCUACCUCCAACACCGCACCAUGAAGGCCCUCGCCGCACGCUUCGUCGAGGAAUCCUCACUCGAACUCCACUCAUUCCUCUCCAACGACAUCGCCGAGAAUCUCGAAACUCGCCUCCGUGAUCUUGACCUACGCGACGGCCUUGGCGAGGACCGUGCUGGCAAAAUCCCACCUCACAACUCUGGCAUCGAAGGUCAAUGGGAGCUUCGAGGCCCUCCCCACAAAUGGCGUUAUUGCACCCUGAAAGCUCGCGAAGAGGGUGCCCCGAUCCAAGCUGUCACGCCGCGCGCCGCCAACCCCUCGGCCGACGCCAUUAUGAGGAGCUUGCAGGACGAGCUUUUCACUAGCCCCGCCUUCCGAGCUUGGCUCAGUGCAGUGACGAGGCUGAUUCCCAUGCGGCAUUCGGUCCAAGCCAGGCGGUUUAGGCCAGGGCUGGAUUACACAUUGGCGACGAGUGAGGACAACGAGGCGCGCUUGGAUGUGGUGCUAGGGUUGACGCCUAGAGUCCGGGAUCCUGACUCGGACGAGGAGAGCACGGGUUACUACCGCCAACAGCCCUCCAGCAGAGGUUGGCAAUCAGCCGAGUGGGGCGGCUGGGAGUGCUACAUGGCUCCCCACAACGAAGAAGACGACCCAGCAGUCUACCGAUCGAGCGUGCACAAAAAGUCCAAGUCGCAAACGCCGGCCAAUGGCGAUGCGGAACAAACGAACGGUGUCGACCACGACGGAUCUGACGAUGACGAGGAGAUGGGCUCCGAAAUGGAAGAGGAAGAAGACAGCACGCUUCUCACUGUCCAGCCUGGCUUCAACCGACUACUACUUGUUCUCCGGGAUGAACGCGUGAUGCGAUUUGUCAAGUACGUUUCCGCUGCUGCAGAAGGAUCGCGUUGGGAUGUAUGCGGUGAAUACGAGGUCGGAAUGAUCCAAGAAGACGACGAAGACUCUUCAUAACGAUCGCUCACUCUACGUGAUCACGCUUCUCAUCUCUCUCUGGUUUUACUCUCCGGCGUACUUCCCCGCCAACCCCUUCGACCGUCUAAAUGUACUCAAAAAGGUGGCAGGCAACCCACUCUCCGCCACCCAAACAUCGACAACUUUCGACACUUUUUGACUCCGCCUCCUUGAUUUUUCCGACUUCUUGACGACCUCUCCUACUCCAUUACGACUUCCACUCCUUCCUACCAAUCCUAAUCGUAAACGUUCCCCGUC